UGGUUUUUCAAAAACCAAAUCAAUUUGUUGAACUAUAUGCACAUAUUAUUUGCAUUUAUACAUAGGCAUCAGAUUUGUAUACGGUGUGGGAUGAUAAAGAUCACAAUCUCGUGGCCCGGGGCCUCACAAAUACGGCACGAUGCAGGAAGGGAACGUCGCUUCCCGCCAUGGCAAUAUUUAAUUGAGAUAUUACAGAGUAUCACGACAACAGUUCAACAAGAUCACGAGAGGGAAUCAAAUGCACUUCGUCGAUAUGAUAUCAUGGAAAAGAUAUUCUGUACAGCAAGCUGAGAGACCGUAUUAUAAUCAUCGCUUUUUGUCACUGAGAUGAAAUCCUCCCUAUACGAAAGCGGUAUUUUGUUAGCAGUCUUUGCUAUCUUCUUCACUUCGUCCGUCCCGCUUUGUUCUUCCAAACAGCCACUUUAUAUUGGAUGCAUCUCACCGAUGACUGGUAAAUCCGACUGGUGGGGUCGUGGAAUUCCUGUAGCUGCWGARAUGGCAUUUGAUAUGAUCAACAACCAGUCGAAUAUCCUGAAAGAUUAUGAACUGAUACUCUUAAAGAACGACUCAAAGGGAGAAACCGGUUUGGGAAAUAGGAUACUUUUUGAUUAUCUGAACAAGAAGCAAGUUAUGAUGGUCUUGGGUCCUGCUCGUUCAAAUGUAGCAAGAUCGUUUGCAGAUACGUCUAAAUAUUGGCAGAUGGUUCAGAUCUCUGCUACAGCAACAUCUGGAUUUCUUUCAAGGAAAAAGACAUAUCCCUAUUUCCUUCGAACAAUCCCUUCAGCAUCGGCAAUGCGUACAUCAUUCAUCGCGUUAGCGAAAAAGUUUGGCUGGACAAGGGUUUCUAUACUGUUUUACUACCGAGAAAUGCAAGUUGAGUAUGCUUGGAUUAUCAAUACCCCAGAUAAAAAUGGAUGGUGGAAUAGAACGUACCCUUCGUUGAAGUGCACAGAAAAGGAAAUUACCGAAGCAGCGCAGCAUGCCAUUAUGAUCAGUGAUAUGUCAAUAGGCCAGCAAAAUACUACAGGAAUCUCAAGGCUAACUCCAGAUGAGUUCCUUACACAGUACAAACAGUACUCACAAGAAAGAAAUGCCAAAACUUCACCUUAUGGACCGUUUGCAUUUGACGCAGCUUGGAUGAUAGCUUUGGCUUUAAACAAAACGUUUGCAAACAAGAAUCGUUUCUCUUUUUUUAUGGAUCACACGUACUAYAAGGACAAGACAACUGCUUUAACAAUAAAAAACAAUGUCAUCCAAACCCAAUUUAUGGGAGCAACGGGAUUUGUUCAUCUCGAUAAAAAGGGCGACAGAUAUGGACACUUUUCCAUUAUGCAAAUCAAAGACUUUGACCUUCGUACCGUCGGAACACAUGAUGUAUAUGACAACAAGGUGACUUUGCAUCCUGGGAAACGCUUCUUAUGGAAAGUUGCUGUGUGCUGUCUUUCGUCUGUCAGCGUCUUGUUGUCUCUGUUUUUUCUUUACUGCAACGUCGCGUAUCGACACAAAAGGUUUAUUAAGAUGUCCAGUCCUAAUAUCAACAACUUGAUUAUAUCUGGAUGUAUAUUAGCGUAUAUAUCGGUCAUUUUAUUCGCUAUUGAUGGAAAACAUUUGAAUAGUUUCAUCUGUCAGGCUCGAGUUUUCACACUUAAUAUUGGGUUUACAUUGGCUUUUGGCUCAAUGUUCUCAAAGACUUGGAGGGUGCACCGGAUAACYAGAAAACUACGAACAAAGCAAAGGAGGAUCAAAGAUGUUCAUUUGCUUGCAAUGGUCAUGGCGUUCCUAGUGGCUGACGUCAUCACAUUAGUCGCGUUGACGAUAAUUAGUCCAAUCACAAAGGAUUAUCAUUGGUUUGAUUCGAAGCCAAAGAGUCCAACAGCUGCUGACGUCAUAUACCGGAAAAAGGUGGCGUACUGUAAGAUAGAUCACGUGUUAUGGCUCGUGAUAGUGUAUGGGACUAAAACUCUUCUUCUUGUCUUUGGGUUGUUUUUGGCUUGGGAAACGAGGAAAGUGAAAAUAAACGCACUGAACGAUUCUCAGAAUACUGACAUUUGA